CUCGCCAGUAUAAAAGGCAAUCGUCACCGUGUGGCUGAUCGCAAUAGACUUCCAGGCGUCUUCGCGAGUGAGUAAUAAAAAGUUUCCGUCGAGAAUUUUUUAUAUAGCAUCGUCUCAGCGCUUAUCGUCUAUUGUUUUUUGCGUUACUUACUACAAAGAUCGUUUGGUUUCUUUGGCAACAAAUUGACGAUCUUCCAAUUAGCAUUUUGCUGACAAAAAUUUUUUCCUCAAUUGAGAAAUUAGUGGAAAAUUUGUGAAGUUUUAAUAUUCUCUUCUCUCAAAAAAGAUAAAAAAAAAGAAAAAUGAUGAUCGUCUUCAAGAUUGCCAUUCUCAUCACAAUUCUGGCCACAGAAUCGACAGGUUGUCGAAAUGCAGCACUAAUGAAAACCGGGGUGACUGAACAUGAGAAGCACCAGAUACUGGAGACACACAAUCGCCUACGCCAGUCCGUGGCAAUGGGGCAAGUGCGUGGUCAGCCAGGUGCGCAGAACAUGAUGGAAAUGAAGUGGGACAAUGAAUUGGCGGCCAAGGCUCAGCAGUGGGCAUCUGAGUGCACCUUUGAGCACGACCCCAGUCGCUACCUGAAUCGCUUCACAAUGGGACAGAAUUUGGCCAUCAUGUGGAGCACAGAGCCACUGGGAGAGCACGAAGGAGACUUCCCGUCGCGCAUCCAGAACUGGUUCAACGAGGUGCGUGACUAUGGCUGGGGCAGUUCGUGGUCCCCAAAGACCGGCCACUACUCUCAGCUGGUUUGGGGCGAGACGAAUCUCGUCGGCUGCGGCUUUUCCGAGUACUACGACGGCUACAAGUACAACAAGCUCUGGGUGUGCAACUACGGGCCUGGUGGCAACGUCGUUGGCGUCGAUCCCUACUCAACUGGUAGUCCGGCGUGCCAAAACUACGGCCUCUCUACCUCCAGUCGCUAUCCCGGCCUUUGUGACAAACCUGGCCUGCAGACAAUCUCUUACCAGCCAGCGCAGCAGAACUACAUCUCAGAUUACAACCAGGACAAGUACACGGCACCGCACAAGGCCGAGUACACACGCGUGACGUACAACAAACCCCAGAAGACCUCCUUCGCCAACCAACUCGCCGACUUCACAUGGUCCCAGCCUCAGUCCAACCAACAAUACUACCAGCAGCCUGAGUCCAACCAACAAUACUAUCAGCAGCCUCAGUCCAACCAACAAUUCUACCAGCAGCCGCAGACCGACGUGUACGUCGAGCAGCAACCCGUGCACGACCUCUUCGCCGCCUUCAAGCCCAAGAGCGAGCGCAGUAACGCCCUUCUCACCUACAACUGGGACGCCUUCUUCAACUGAAGACGCGCACAGCAAUGUUUUUCACAUUUAGGCUUAGACUAGGCGCUUUUACUCAUCUUAGAUUUCCCUUAAUGUUAAGGUUGAACAAUGACUGGAUAACUUUAAGGCAUUUAUACAAAUUUUAUAUACACUUUUUUGUAUGUGGACUCAUAUAAUAAACCAUUUUUGCUGGUUCAAAAGAGAUAGAGAAAAAAAACACACUUUUUAAUC